AACCCUCAGGAGUCUUAUAUUAUAUAUUUCUGGCUGCAUUGUCACUGUUUUGAAAGCAUCUGGAAGGAUGGCAAAAACGUAUAACUUUUUAAAUUCUUAUUAAAUUCCUGAACGGCUUAGCUCACCAGUAUUUGAGUGAGCUCCUGGUAUAUUACAGCCCUCACGUCCACUACACUCAAUUCAAUUGAUUACUCCUAGAAUAUCAAGAAUCAACUGUAGGCGGUCGAUCCUUCUCAAAUCUGGCAGCUAAACUCUGGAACAGCCUUACUUGCACAGUUUUGGAGGCAAACACAUUCUGUCAGUUUGCACUAGCAAACAAAAAACACAAAGGCAUAAUGGUAAAAUCAGAGUCAUCUAAAGCAGGGGGUCAAAUUCUGCUCUGCACGGUUUAUUUCCAACACUGAUCUGACCUUGAGACCCUGUAACCCAUCUUACAACUGGUGGUCAUUUCAAGUGUGAUAAUGAAGUAAUCUCUCACAAGAAAUGUCUCACUUUGUCAUCCUUGAGUAAGUCUUCCAAUGUUAAAUAAAUAAACUUUGCAUUUCCAAUUAAAGCAGGACAUGCUUCUAAGAAAUGAGUCUUGCAGAGGCAGAAAUGCCUCAACAAAACGUACAAAUCAGUCCUCUCAAUUCUGAAGGACUCCAGUGCAUCUGAAGUUCUUGAGAAUCAAGGUUAUUUUAAGUCUUGAUGUUUGCCUGCUUCGCUCUCUCGCUCUCUCGUUCUCCCACCCAGCCAGUUUCUCCUCUCAGCAUGUGAAUAAUGCACCUCUCACUGUCGCUUAGAUCUGAUCAACGUCAUGCCUGCAAUGCAAGUGCGUUCAAACGCAUUUCCUCAGCGGACAGACAGGCGACCGUGACACCAGCAAAAUAUACCUCAGACUUCAUCCUCGAUCUGCAUCGGACAGAAUUUGUGUGUGUGAUUAUACGGUAUUGCCAUGGCAGCAUUGGUGAUCCCCGUCAGAUGUGAGUCACAGUAACCAAAGUAAAGAUGGAGGGUCCACAAAUGAUCAAUGUUGAUGGCAACUCACUGCUCAAAGCCGUUUACCUAAGCCGUCUCCGUCUCACAAGGCUUCUACUCGAAGGAGGCGCAUAUAUAAACGAGAGUAACGAGUGUGGUGAAACACCCCUGAUGGUUGCCUGCAGGAGCAGGCACACAGACCACCAAAGUGUCCCAAAGGUUAAGAUGGUGGGGUAUCUACUUGAAAGUGGCGCUGACCCAAAUAUCCAGGAUAAAAGUGGGAGGACCGCUCUAAUGCAUGCCUGUUUGGAGCAAGCCGGUCCUGAGGUAGUGGAGUUGCUCUUAAGUAACGGUGCAGAUCCUUGUCUUGAGGAUCAUACCGGUUCUUCUGCUCUAAUAUAUGCCAUCAAUGGCAGUGGCGAAGAAACUCUUAAAUUACUGAUCGAUGCCUGCAAAGCCAGAGGAAAAGAAGUUAUCAUCAUCACCCCAGACAAACUUGCAUGUGGAAAGCAAAUGGCAAAACAGUACCUCUCCAUUCCACCGCUCGCUAUGGUGGAACAAUGGGACAACCCGAGUUCCUCUGCAGUUCCAUGUGCAUCUCCAUCUGAUAUUCUCCUCAGUACUUCUCCACAAGGCACACUUUCUUCUAGUCCUGCUGAGCAUAUAUUUUACUUCCAGGACCCCCAGAGCAUGACAAAUUCCCAGCCAACCUCUCCAUCCCACCAGAGUCCCCUGGUGAACAGUCGAGUGAGCAAACUGCACAAUCUCCAGAGAUUACACUCAGAGCCAUGGCUGAAAAUCCCACAUGCCUUCCUUGCACAACAGCAUGCUAAAAGCAUCACGGCUACAGAGGAACUUCCGGACAUCACACCCGAAGAAGAAAUGAGCUUCAGAAUGAACCGGCUGACUUUCGGUAAUAUGCCGCUAUCUCGCCAUUGCAGUGUUGAAUUGAAAGAAGCUGGCUGUUUGAGUCAAAGACAAGGUAACAAUGGUGAACGUCUAAGACCUGAAGGUGCACUCUGUCGAAACAUGUCCUUUGACAGCUUGUCUUCAUUGCACUCUUUAUCUCAUCCAAAUCUUCACAGCAAAAGCAGCAUGGACGCAUUUCCGGCGGAGAAAGAUCCAGACAAAUCCCUGCCAAACUUGGCUGUGUCCAGUCUCCGUAACAUCAUUCAGAGGAGAAAACUAGGAAUGGACCACUACAGCUCCGAUUCCCAGCUAUCGGUGAGCCUUGCAAACUCUCCAGAAGACCGCAAAGGGCAGCAGGAGAGGAAGAGACAUGCCAACACACGUUCUCCUACCCUGGUGGGCUCCAGGGAGUCUCUCGAGAGUGCUUCAUUAACGCACUUACACAGAAGAAAUCCCAUUAGCUAUGAACGUCGGGGCUCUGGGGUGCUUUUGGAUCCCAUUUCCCAUCCUCGAGCGGGAUUCCUCCCCCCGUUGAACCAGCACGCACCAAUCCCAAACAUCACUCCGAGUGGCAAUCUAAGCGCCAACAACAAAUCAGUUUGUGGUGCAGCAGUGGGGACGAAACCCUGCAUUCCCUCAGCACCCACAGGUUUUCCAAAGGACCACAAGACCAGGAGGAUGCUGAUGAGAAGACACUCCAUGCAAACAGAGCAGAUCAAGCAGCUGGGGGACUUCACUGAAAUCUUUGGACAUUGAAUGUUUGCUGGUUAAAUCCAAUACAGCAGUUCUCAAUCCCGGCCCUCAUACCAAACUCUACAGCAGUGGUCACCAAACUUAUUCCUGGAGGGCCGGUGUCCUGCAGAUUUUAGCUCCAACCCUAAUCAAACACACCUGAACAAGCUAAUCAAGCUCUUACUUGGUAUACUUGAAACA